AUGCAAAAAGAAAACAUUAGCGAUAAAAAAAGUAGAAGUAGAAGUCGUAGUAAAUCCAAUAAAAGAAAAGUCUAACAAAACCAAUCUUAAAUAACCUUAAAUUAGAAAUAUCAAAAAGAAGAUAGUUUCAAAAUCGGCAAUAAAGAAUGUAAUUCUCACAAUUCUAGUCCAAUUAGAUUUUAAGCAGAACUCAAUAAGAGCGAGGAACAUAAUAAGUAAAUAUUGUGUUAAUGCAGAGAGAGCAAAGAAGAAUAUAAAAUAUUAGAUCAGAUUUAAUGCAUCAAUCUAGCGCCUAAUAAUUAAUUUUAAAUACAAUAUGAAAAUAUCAAUUAAGGUGAAAGACGUAUUUCUUCAAUAUCUCUCUCUUAAAAGGAUAUCAGAAGUUAUGUUAAUCAAUGUCCUGAAAAACAACAAUCAGAAAUGAUUACAAUAAAUGAUAGCAGUUAAGAAUAUGAUCAAGCUGUUGGUACUAUGUAAAAAAAAAAUAGUCUAACUCUUGAAAUCAGUAAUUUUAAUAAUGAAAUAUUAGAUCCUUCUAGAAUUGAUCUUUUAGGAUCAAAAUAAUAAAAUAUAUAGAAACAAUAAAUUAAAAAGAUUUCAUAAGAUCAAAACUAAAUAAAUGAAUAAUCAUAAUCAAAUAAAUGUAUAGAUUUAACAAGUGAUUAUAAUGUUUAAUCCUUUUUUGGACUUAAUCAUCCUCUUUUAAUAAGUUCUCUGUAAUACAAUAAAAGAGAAUUAUUUGAAUUAGUUGAACCUUACGAAUAUUCAUGUGGAAAUUUUAUUCUUAGCUUAGGAUUUCGUGAUCAUUAUACAGCAAUAGUAACCCUACCUAGUUUAUAUUAAAAGAAGAGUGUUUAUUAUUUAUUUAUGAUGUUUUAAUUUGAUCAAAAUAACAUAUAUUGUAUGGUUCCUGAAGAUGACUAAACAACAUUACUGGUUAGUUCUAAUAUUUAAUAACUUUAUUAAUAUUGCCAUUCUAAUAAUCUAUUAAAGAAAAAUAAUUAAACAAACUUUUUAGAGAGUACUCUUAAAUACAAAUUUCCAUAUAUCUAUCCAACAUUAAUUAAAAAAUUUAUAGGUGCUUAUAAAAAAAAUGAUUAAUAGAUUCUAUAUCAAAUAAAUUACGAUUUAGAUGCUACUCAAUUAGCUAUUUAAGAUUUCUAUUAAGCCUUGCCAGGAUAUUUAAUUACAGGUACUAAUCAUCCUAUUUUAAAAAUACUAUUUUUUAAAUCCUAGAAAAAUUAGAUUCCUUAAUUUUACUACAAAUUUUUAAGUACCCCCUUAUAUGAAGGAAAAUUUAGUUUAAAAGCCUAACUUUAAUAAAAUGGAGAUGUCAUUGUUAUAGAGAGAAAGUUAAAACUUAAUAUAAUUUUAGGUUUUUAAGUCCUUUUUGUUAUGGCAUUCAUUCAAUCAAAAUUGAAAUUAAUCGAAUAACAAAUAGUAUUGUUAUGAAACAAGUUGGAAAAGAUUAAGAAAUUUAAUCAAAAAAUAUUAUAUAAUUUUGGAAUGAAGCUUUAUCAAAAUAUCUUAAAAUAUAUCCUUCGUAUUAAAUUAUUUUAUAUUUAGAAAAUCGUUAUAUAACUACUUCGUCGAUUUCAUACUUGAAGAUAGAAAAAUUUAAGAGAAAUACAAAAAGUGGAAUCAAUUAUAUGAUUCCAUGAAUUAGUCUAAUUCCAAACCUAAAUAAAAUGAAAAGCCUAUUAUUCUGAAUGAUAAGCAAUUCUACUGUUUUUCAAUAGAGGACAUAAAAAAUGGAAACAAAAUUAAAUAUUUAUGA